AUGUAUGGGGUAAGAACAGAAACUUUACGAGCGGAAAGCUCCAGUAAAUAUUUGGUAGAAAAAUUAAAAGGGUUAAAAAAAUCAGAAAUAAGAAAAGAAAUUAUAAAUAACAUCCAAUAUUAUAUAGGAAUAUUAUCAAAUAUGAAUUUAAAAGAUAUCCAAAAUGAAAAUUACAAACUAAUAUAUAUAAUUUUAGAAUCCAUAUCAGAAAAUGAACUAACUGUUGAAGUUAUGAUUUUAGAUAAAAUUUUUAAUUCUCUAAAUUUGAAAAUUAUAUUAGAAAAAAAUAAUAAUAUAAAAUUGAAAAAUAUAAAUAAUAUAUUAUAUUUGAUUAAUAAAUAUGACCAUGUUCAUAUAAAUCCAACCAAUUUAUUCAAUUGUAUGUUUGAAUCCGUAAUUAUAUUAAUAGAAACUUUUUAUAAUAACAAAAUUAAUGUUAAUUAUAAGAAAACAAAUUAUACAUUGGCCAAGGAACCAAAUCGGGAACACAUCGAAACGGGUGAAGAUGAUGCAGAAUAUGAAGAAGAUGAUGAAGAAUAUGAAGAAGAUGAAGAAGACGAUACAGAAGAUGAUACAGAAGAUGAUACAGAAGAUGAAGACGAUGAAGACGAUGAAGACGAUGCAGAAGAUUAUGAAAACGAUGCAGAGUGUGACGAUGAGCAGUUGGUGGGGAAAAAGCGAAAAGAACGAAACAUGAGUUACAAAAAUGCAGCGUCGAUAAAAUUUUCAAAAGAAGCAUCAUUUUGUAAAAAAAGAAAAAUUGAAAAUGAAAAAGGAUAUGAAAGAAAUCAGAACAUACCAUAUAAUUUAUAUAAUGUUAAAAAAAUAUAUGAAUAUAUUAUUUAUGUUAAUAAUAUUUUUAGUUUAUAUUUAAAAAGCACAAAAUUAAUAACAAACGAUAUAAAAAUAUACGCAUUUUAUAAUAAUUUAUUUGGAUUGUAUAGUUGUAUAUAUGAUUAUAUAGAAGAAUUGUCUAUUAUGAAAAAAAAAUAUAAUAAUAAAAAAAUGUGUAAUAUUGUUAUUAACAAUUUAUAUAUAUUAAAAGAUAAUAUUAAAAAAAUGAUUAUUAUAAAUUUUGAAAAUAUAAAUUAUAAUUAUUUUAAAAAUCAAUACACAGAAUAUUUAAAUAAAAAAUAUAAACUAAAUAUAAAUUAUAAAUAUUUUAAUUUUGGAGAAAGUGAAAAAAUAUUUGAAAUUAUUUAUUUAAUAAUAAAUAAAAUAUCAAAUAAUAAACCUUGUUUUUUAUAUGAUGGUCAGAAUAAAAAAAUUAAUUGUUCUAUAAAUUUAAAUAAAAAUAAAAAAGAAAAAAUACAAUAUUUUUUUGAAAAUGAUUAUGAUUUAAAUCAAAAACAUAAAUUUCUUAAUAUUCAUAAAAUUAAAGGAUGUAUAAAAAUUUUAAUUUAUAUAAUCAAAAUUUUGAUUGCAAAGUCAGAAAAUUUCCACUCUUUAUAUAUUCAAAAUUUUUUUUUAUUAUUUAUUUUAAUUCCACAUUUUCAACAAAAUAUAUAUACUAAUAAAAUUGUUAAGAAUGAAUAUUUUAAAUUAUUUAACACUGACAAGAUAAAUCUAAAUGAUCAGAAAGAUAAUAACCCAUCUCCUACAAAAUUGGAAAAUUGUAAAAAUGGUGAUAAUUGUAAAAAUUGCAAAAAUUGUAAAAAUGGUGAAAAAUGCAAAAAUUGUAAAAAUUGUAAAAAUGGUGAAAAUUGCAAAAAGUUGGAAGAUCAACAAGCAGAUGAUACUACAUUGCGAAGAAAAGAGAAUAGAAUAAUUUUGAGCAAAAAGGAAGAUGAAUAUUUUGAAAAUAUAAAAAUAAAAAUACCUAAAGCUUAUUACGAUUUUGAUAAUACAAUUUAUUAUAUUUCUGAUAAGGAAGUAUAUAGUAAUAUUAUAAUUAUUAUAGAAUAUUCUAAACUAAUAUUUAAAUUUUUAUAUUACCUAAACAAAAAAGUAGACAUAAAAAAAGACACAUAUUUAUCAUAUAAUUUGUUAUAUUUUGUAAAAUAUAUUUUUGAGUCUGCAUUAAAUAGUUUAAUGGAUGCAAAUAAAAGUAACAACAUUGGAUCUCUUCGAGAAAUUGACCCUACAAAUAAAACCGAUCACGACCCUACAAGUAAAACCGAUCACGACCCUACAAAUAAAACCGAUCACGACUCUACACAUUUUAAUAAAAAAUAUGGUAAAAUAUAUAUAAAGGGAAAACCACAUGUAAUAUUUUACAAUAACAAUUUAAAGGAAAUAUUUUCUACAUGUACAUCCUUGACAAAUAAAUAUUACAAAAGUGACGAAAAAAAAAAUGACAAAAAUAAUACUAAUAACAUUGUAGCUAAAAUUUUUACACUAAAAUUAAAUGAAAAAAAAAAAAUACAAAUAAAAAAUAUAGCACAUAUAAAUUAUUUAAUAUAUUUAUGUCAAACUAAUUUAUUCAAUAUAAUAUAUAUUAAUAUAAAAACACACAAAGUUGUAUUUUUUACUUUGUUUUCAUUUAUUAAACAAGUUAAUACAUGUAAUAAAUAUUCAAAUAUAAAUAAAAAUAAUAUAAUAAGCGGAUUAAUAACUAUUAACAAACACCAAAAUGCUCAAAAUUUUCAAAAUUCUCAAAAUGCUCAAAAUUCUCAAAAUAUAGUUUACUGCUUUAAUGAUUAUAUUAUUAAAAAUAUUUUAAAUAUAUAUAUUAACGUUUUUAAGUUUGAAGACUUUUUUAAAUUUGUUUAUAUUUAUUCGGGUGGACACUAUAAUAGUAAAAAAAAUAAAUAUAGAAUAAUAAACUUUUUUCUAAAUCCUAUAUUUAUAAAUGUAAUAAAAAAUAAUAUGAAUAAAUUAAUAGAUCAAUCAGUUGAUUUAUUUCAGUAUUUUAUUAAGAUAUAUGAAUCUUAUAUAAAUGAAUUUAAUAUAUUAUUGGAAAGAAUUAUUUCUUUGAUAAAAAGUAAUAACAUAACUUCCAAUAAUACUAUUUUUCAAGUACACACACACACACACACACACACACAAAAUAUGAAAAGUUUAGAAGAAAAUGAGAAUGGAUCUAUAAAAAAACAUGAAUGGACAUAUCAAUCAAUGUUUAUUAAUAUUGAAACAUUAGAAUAUAUUAUUUGUUGUUAUAUGAAAUCAAUAAAUAAAGGAAAUAUAAGUGAUAUUUUUUUAAAUUUUAUUGAAAAAAUUUUAGCUUUAUAUUUAAAAAAAAAAAAUAAUAUAGUUAUUUUUUAUGAACAAGUCAGGGGAAAUUUAAUUGACAAGCGAAUAUAUAAUUAUGAAUAUAGUAUAUAUAUAUAUAUUUUUUUUUUAUAUAAUAUAUCAAGAUUAACAACAUUUUCUUUGUUAAAUAACAAAUCAAAAGAUAGUAAAAAAAUGCAAGAAAAUCAAAAUGUGAAAAAUAAAUUAUGCGCAAUUAUAUCUUUAUUACAAAAUUGUUUUACUAACAUUGAAGCUAUAUAUAACCAUUCUGUGAAUGAAGGAAAUAUUCGAAAUUUUUUUGAUAUAUUACACCUUAUUCUCGAAACCUUAUUUUUUUACAUCCAUUUUGCUGAGUUUGGAUUGUUGGAUAAGAAAAGGCUCCUGGACAAUCUCGUGAUAGUCACAAACAUUUUAAAAAAAAAUGCGUUGGAAAAUUAUAAAUACAUAAUGAAGAAAAGAAUAUGCAAUGUUAUUUGUUACUUUUUUAUUUAUAACUAUCCUUAUUUAUGUAAAAUAUUUCAAGGGGACAAAGAUUUUGAAGAGCUAUACAUGAAUUUUAUUCGAAUAUUAUAUAUUGACAUAAAUAUAAUAAAAACACAUUAUAAUUAUAAAAUUUUUAUAUAUUUUAUUAACAACAUUCAAGAAAAUAGGAAAUUAUAUGAAUUAUUUUCUGAACUAUUUAUUCUACAUUCUAUUUUAAUUAUAAAAAAUUGUAACUCUAAUUUUAAUUUGAAUAGUAUUGUGGAUAAAGAAAAUGAUAAUAACAAUAUUAAUGAAGCAAAUUAUAUUUUUUAUGCAAAAAUGUUAAUAAAAAAAAAUGAACAAUUUAUUUAUCAAAAUGAUUGGUAUGAACAAUUUAAUUUGAAAAAAAAAAUAAUGUUAGCUAUAAAUAAAAAGUUAGACGAAACAGAAAAUAGUAGUAAUAAUAAUAAUAAUGAAAAUGAAAAUGAGAAUUAUAAAGAAUAUAAUAAUUAUACAAAUUUUAAAAACAACAUGAUGAAAAUAUUCUAUAAUAAUAUGAAAAAUGAUAUUAAAACGGAAAUAAAAAUAUUUUCUGAUCAAUUAAUAAGAAAAAGUAUAAAUAAAUCUAUAGAUCAAAAAAGCUUAAUUUUUUUAACUGGCAUAUUUACCGCUUUUAAUGAUAUAAAAGGAAUGGAAAGAAAUAUAUAUACACUAUUAUCAACAAUAUUAGAAAAUUAUAAUUAUUAUAAUAUUUAUUAUGAACAAAUCUUAAUAAAUAUAUUAAAUUGUUAUAUAAAACAUUUACACAAAAUAAACUUGCAAGAACAAAAUCAAUUAUCAAAUUCGAUUUUUAUAAAAUUAUCUUUUUAUGUAUUUAUAAUUGAAAAACAGCGUAUUAUAGCGAAUAAAAAAAAUAGUUUCAGAAAUAAUAAUUUACUAGCUAUGAAGCUAUUUUUUCACAUAUUUUUUAUAAAUAUAGCAAAAAAUAAUAAAAUACGCUUAAGCGAUGAUAAAGAAACAGAUAUAAAUUUAGAAGAAAAAAAAAAUAAUACUGAUAAAACAUCCGAAAUAAAUGUGUCUUGUAAUUCCAUUGAUAUUUCAAAAAAUGAGGAAGAAAAUAAAACAGAUAAACACAAAAAUGUUGAUAAAAUACUUAUAAAAAAUGAAAACAUAAAAAUAUAUUUUAUUUUUUUUAUUAAUUAUUUUAUAUUAAUAUAUGAUAAAAUUAGUAAAGAAAACGAAGAGAAUGAUGUACCAAACAUUAAUGAUGAAGAUAUUGCACAUUUGACUAAUUUAAUGUUUGAAAUUAUUCCUAAAGAAAAAAUAGAAGAAAAUAAAAUAUGCAAUAAUAAUAAUCAAAAUUUUGAAAUAGAUGAACUAAUAACUAAAUUAAAAGAAUUUAUCAUAAAAUUGCUAAAUGAUAAUAGAAAGGAAAUGUUAAAAUUAAAUGGAUUUUUUUUAGAACUUAUCGAAUUUAUAUUUUUAUCAUUUAUUAUAGAUCAUGGUGUAUUGAAAUAUAAUACUAAUGAAAAUGUUCAUAAAAUUAUUAACAUGUUCAAAAGUUUUAACAUAAAAGAAAUUUUUUGCUCAGUUCAGGCAGAAUAUAAAACAUUUGUUUCUACAAUAUUUGUAUUUAAUUUGUUUAAUUUUGAAAAUACCAAAAUAAAGGAAAUAAUAGAUAUUGAAAAUGAAGAACAAAAUAAAAAAGAAUGUAUAAUUGUGUAUGAUUUUUUAUUUAAUUAUAAUAAAAUAUUAGUAGAAUGCCAAGAAAUAAAUUCAGUUUUAGUUUGCUUAAAAUUUAAUGACAUAAUUAAAAAUAUUUUUAAUCUUAUAAAUUUUACAAAUGAUGAUGUCAAAAAUAUAUUAGAAUAUAUUUAUCAGAAAAUUAAUGAUCUUUAUAUAAAAGAAAAAGAAAUUAAAAAAAUUUUAUAUUUUUCAAAUAUACAUAUAAUAGCAUUAAUAUUUAUUUAUACAAAUAACCCACAGUUUGUAUCACAUGUUAUAUCUCUUGAAAAAAAAUUAGACAGUCUUAUAUCUUUUACAAAUAUAUAUUUUUCUUUCUUAAAAUAUAUAAAUCAUAUACUUGAUUCUAAACAAAUUUUUCAUAACCCUCAUAUAUUUUUUCUAUUAUCUCAUCUUAUUUAUAAAUUGUCACAACUUUUUGUUUUUUUUUUCAUUAAAAUGAAAGUAUCCUCAAAGAAUAACAGAUAUUCUUCCCUAUUUGUAUUCGUAACUAAUUAUUGUAGCCUCAUCAUUAGAGCCCUGGGCUUGUUAAAAAAGCAGAUAUCCCAAAUCAAUGAUAAAGAAAAUGAUAAACUGGAAAACGUUUUUAUGACGCAUUUUUAUAUUAUAAACAAUUCCAACAUGUUCGAAAAAAACAAGUUUUAUUUGUAUUUAAUUAGUCACCAACUUUUUACAAUAUUAUAUGAAUUUUUUAAUAUACAAAUUAACGAGAAAAUGAAAAAUUCUCAUAAGACAAUUAUUGAAAUAGUAAAGAAAAGUGGAUAUGGUAUAAACUUUUUUUGCUCAUAUAUCGAUUCAGUCUUAUAUCUUGACAGCAGGGUAAACAAAUUGCUACUUCGCAAUGCUAAUAGUUUUGUUCAAUUGUUGAAAAAAAAUAAAGAAAUAAUAAAUUUGUCAAAAAUUGUAUAUCCAAUAUUAAUUAAAAUUAUAGACAUUUAUGAUAUACUUGUUAAAAAAAAUACAAUGGAUGAAGAUAAAUAUGAAGAAAAAAAAGCUCUUAAAAAUAUAUUUCAAAUUAUUUUCUCAUUGCUUGAUGAAAGCUCGACUCAGUUAUGUUAUUCAUGCUUGAAUGAAAAUAAAAGAAAUAUUUUUAAUUUUCUUUCUAAUUAA